UGCUGGAAUACGCGCGUUUUGAUCUGUUUUUAAAAAGCUUUCUGCAGCAGCGUCGUGUUUUGCACUCAAAUCCUAUUUAAAUUUUACCUAAACAAGGCAAAUACGACCGAUCCACAAUGUCCGUCACCGAAACAGUGUCCCGAAAUCAGGCAACCUCCCAGCAAAAGUGUCUGCAGGUGGCCAACCAGCAAACAAACCCGCUGGCGGAGUUUCCCGAAUACUUGUCCUACAAAUGCACCGCAAGCGAUGGAAAGGAGCUGCAAUUGAAGCUACAGUGCAAGCGCAAGGCCGACAUGGACCCGAAGCUGCUCAAGUGGGCGUUCAAGCUGGCGGAACGCAACGUGGGCCCACAGUACCGGGCGUGCAGUUUGGGCUGGCAGCCGAAGAUCAAGCAGGCGGAUCUGAACAAAGCCUGGGCCCGGUAUCUGGUUGCGACGGAUGUGGCCACCCGCAAGCCGGCUGCGUACACGAUGUUUCGCUUCGAUCUGGACUACGGCCGUAGCGUGCUGUACUGUUACGAGCUGCAGGUGGAGGCGGAAUUCCAGCGCAAAGGGCUGGGCGCAUUUAUGAUGAAAGCGUUGGAGCAGAUGGCACGACAUUUCUGCAUGGAGCGGGUGGUACUGACGGUGCUGAAGAACAACGAGGACGGGAUGCGGUUCUACCGGCGGCUCGGGUACGACGUGGACGAGAUGUCGCCGGACAAGGAGGAAGAUGCGGCGUAUGAGAUAAUGAGCAAAGCAAUGGUUUGAAAUUGCGCUGAACUGAACUCUGAUCUUACAUUUUAUGCAUAAGGCGGGCGAAAAAACAAGACGCGAAUCAAUAAGCAAAUACAAGACUGUACGAUAGUGGCUAUAGAGAAUGCUAAA